AUGGGAGACUGCCACGUCGUGCCCACAGCGGGCAUCGAUUGGCUCAUCCAGUCCGUGGCGGUGCUCUGCGCUGUCGAUGGCUGCGACCAUCUCCACUGCCAUGGCGGUCCCUUCUGCCUGCUCUUCGUGGCCACUCACGGGUACAACUACAAAAUAAUUGCGAGCGUCUACUCAUCGGAGACCAGUGAGUGGAACGAGCCAGUGUGUCUUCACAAUAGUUGUGAAGCCUAUGCCCGGCAUAUGCAGGAGGGGCUCGCAGAUACACACCGCUACGACCCCAAGUACAUACCCUAUGUCCAGCCUAGGCGAGGCACCCUUGUUGGAGACGCAGUCUACUUCACCGUUCGGCUAGGCAAUGCUAUCGUCGAGUAUGACCUGGGCAAGGAUCGCUUAAACAUGAUUGACCCACCACCGGCGGCGCGAGACGUGUGCUACAUUUCCCUCAUGGCGAUGGAUGACAGUUCAUUGGGCUUUGCCUGCAUUAAGGGAUCGAGCCUUUGUACGUGGUCAAGGAAGGUGGAUACAGCUGAAGCUGCGGAAUGGGUACAGUACAGGGUCAUCGAGCUCGAGAAAACUAUACCUGUUGCCAAUCCCGAUGACAAAAGAUUUGUGGUUGGCUUUGCGGAGGGUGCUGGUGUCAUCUUUGUUAGCUCAGGUGUUGGCUUAUUCACCAUCAAGCUCAAUUCUGGGCAGGUUAAGAAGGUUGACGAGUCUGAAGUCUCUUUUAGCGUCCUACCCUACAUGAGCUUCUACACUCCAGAUCGUGGCACAUUGUUGUCGCUAGCAAGGACUCACUGGUCUCUGAUGUGGCUCUCAAUAGUGAGGCAUUGCAAAAUGGACAAUUCCAUCACCGUUAGUCUGCUGCUGUUGGCAUCUUCUGAGCUACUAAUAUCAGGUUGUUUCGUUUCUGUUGAGCAGCUUAAGCUUGAAGGUUGCAACUGA